GCUGCGGGGUCUUAAGGUUACAAUCAUUGUUGAACAAAGGGGACCCUCGUGAAGCAUAAAUAGAUCAGUUUGUCCUUUUUGCCCUCACCAGAAGAGCUUAGCUGGCAGCAGACGCAGGUGCCACAGCCUCCCCGAACUCCGCAGGACAAGACUUAAAGUGGAAACCAUGAUUCCGUCGUACAAAGUUAUUCUGACCGUGUUAUCGAUUGUUGGUUAUUCCAGCUGUCUUCCCCUGAGUGAAGAUCCUAUGUGCACGGCAGAGGAGAUUACUAAGUAUAGCAUAGUCUUCACUGGGAAAUGGAGCCAGGCUUCGUUCCCUAAACAAUAUCCCCUGUACAGGCCCCCGGCUCAAUGGUCAUCAUUGUUGGGGGUGAGUCAUAGUUCUGACUACCACAUGUGGAAAAAAAACAUCCACGCCAGCAACGGAGUACGUGACUUUGCAGAGAAAGGAGAAGCCUGGGCCCUCAUGAAAGAGAUAGAGGCAGCCGGGGAGAAGAUCCAGAGUGUCCAUGGGAUUUUCUCUACUUUGUCCAUCUCUAGCGGGACAGGCCAGUCCUCGACUGAGCUAGAGGCACAUUCUAGGCACCCUUAUGUUUCAUUCAUGGUAAGAAUUGUGCCAAGUCCUGACUGGUUUGUGGGAAUUGAUAGUAUAAACCUCUGUGAUGGAAAGAAAUGGAAAAAGAGCGUAUCUAUAGAUCUCCAUCCUUACGAUGCCGGGACUGACAGUGGAUUCACGUUCUCUUCACCAAAUUAUGCCACCAUCCCACAGGGCACAAUUUCUGAGAUUACAUCCUCUUCGCCAAACCAUCCGGCAAACUCCUUCUUUUAUCCCCGGCUAAAGAGCCUGCCCCCCAUUGCCAGGGUGACAUUUACAAGGCUCAAAGGCAAAAUCACAUCAUUCCUUGAUAUAGCAUCAAAUGUGACUACUACCGGGAACGAGAUCAACGAGAAUGUCUCAGAAACACCUUUGGAUUGUGAGGUUUCUGUGUGGUCCUCCUGGGGUCUCUGUAGAGGCAGCUGUGGAUCCUCUGGGGUGAAAAAUCGAACCCGCUACAUCCGAAUGAAAGCAGCCAACAAUGGGACAGCUUGUCCAAUCCUCAUCGAAGACAAAGAUUGUGACCCUGAGAACUGUGUAUAGGACAGAACGAAUAGGCAGUAACUUAUUUUAGGAAUAACAUCAAUAUCUUAGUUGUAAAUGGUAUCCAAGACUAUAUAAAUGUAUUAUGUGUUGGCCUAACUUGAAGCUUCUGGGCCCCAAAGCAGAUAUUUUUUAUAGGGCCUCCACCUUCCAUAUGCCAUUUAUAAAAUUGGGCCUAGUGCGCCUUCAGGCAGCAGGGCCUGGGUGGGACUGCUACGGUUGUUCCCUCUAUAGUUACACCCAUGUCACCCAUGUCUAUAAUCAGACUCUUCCACUACUGUCUUGAAGAUACAUAAUUCCAUGUCGGUCAACUAUCUUGGCCAAGGAACUCGAAUAGCAAUUCCAGUUAGGCAGGAAGAUUUUCAGAUAUGUUUGUCUCUUCUUAUUAAUAGGGGUAGUAUUAUACAGUUUAGAUAUUCAGGCUAAGUGAUAGAUGGUCUACUGAAAUUACAACCCUUGCAUUUAUCACUUCUG